UUAACUGUCGCAGUCACACAUUUUAGCAGAUGCAAUUGCCAGCAAAAUAAACGACCAUCCGUAACGACUACUUGGCAUAGUACAUUAGGAGAUCGUUUUCCAAAUCGAACGUUUCACAAUUUCCUGUUUGUCUGGGCAGAAUCAAGUUUAGGUCGUAGCAAGAGCGUCGGUGAAUCGGAUCCGAUGGCUUCCGUUUGUAGACUCUCUUUUGCAAUUGUGUACUGUUUAAGUGCAUGGUCUUACACUGUGGAGAGUUUUCUUGCACCUCAGUUCUCCAAUCUUAAACCCCUCGGUGUCUCCACACUCGCUGCGUCGUCGACGGCAGAGGUUAUAUCGAAUGCAGCUUCUAGCUUGGAAAAUUCUUUAGCGGCGGUACAAAAGGAUAUCUGCAAGACGCUGAAGGUCACCGUCGCACCGUCUUCUGUGAAUCGGCUAGGUCUAGUGGCGACUGAGAAGAUUAGAAAAGGUGAGGUCUUCUUGGCCAUGCCGUAUGAUGUACGCUAUGAACUUUCCGCGGAUCUUGCGCGCAACGUCGUGUUCAAAGACGUACUUUCAGAAGACUAUAAUAGCUGGACAGGUGAUGCUGGCUUGAUUGCUUUACUAAUUCUGAACGAAGUUUGCCUAGCUGCAGACACCGGUCUAGGGACGAAGGAACCUAUUCGUCAGAACUCGCUCCAAGCUUUUAUGAGCGCGUGGGUUGCGGCACUUCCAGGUCCAGAGGACAUCAAUCAUCCUUUGCUGUGGUCCGAAGAAGACCAGGAGAUUUUGCAAUCCUCAUCCACAAAUCGAAUCUAUCGCGUUUUGGAUGAUAUAGAAGAAGACGUAACGUGGCUGAAGACGAACGUUUUCGAGAAAGAUGGCAACCGGUUCCCUGUAUCGAUUCCAUGGAAUGGCGAAGAAAUCCCUUGUUUUUCGCUGACAGGCUUCAAGUGGGCAAUGGCUUUGGCUCAAUCAAGAUCCUUUUUUGUAGAUAACGCUGUCCGUCUCCUUCCCUUAAUGGAUUUCUGUAACCACGCGGACGAAGGCACGGAGGAAGCGCGUGCGGGCUUUAUGGGAACCUUUGGUACAACGAAAGGGGCGGAAUUGGUUGCGGGCCAGAGUUACGAGGUGGGCGAGGAAGUCUUCAUCUGCUACGGCCCCAAAAGCGCUGCCGACUAUUUGUUGGAGCAUGCAUUUUGUCCAGAACAAAGUUGGAAAACUGCUGUUUCAGAAUUGUUUUUUGAAGUUGACCCCAAAGAUCGCUUCUACGACGACAAGCUGGAUAUACUUGAAUUCGAAACUUAUGAUGCAUCCCCGAUGGACCCCGUUCAAUCCUUUGAUGUGGUGAGUGCGCCUGGAAGAGAUGGUGAACCAGACCCUUUUAUGGUUCAAUUUGUUCGACUUUGCAAGCUGGGUGCGACGGAUGCAUUUCUCCUCGAGAGCAUCUUCCGCAAAGAAGUCUGGGGAUUUAUGGAGCUUCCCGUAAGUGAAACAAAUGAGCGAGAUGUUGUUGAUGCAAUCAUGGAGGCUUGCCAGCUUGCAUUGGACGAUUUUUCAAAAUGUGCGGAAGGUGGCCCAGAGAUUUGCAGCAAACUACGAGAGUCGGAAAGCCAGGCGUUAAUAAGAACGAGAGACUUUUUGCGACGGGAUCGAGAGGCUUUGGACCUGAAAGAGUACUACCAGCAAAGACGGUUGAAGGACUUGGGUCUCGACUCCGAGUGGUCUCCUGAAGAUGAUAUGAGUCCUGACCUUGGAUUUGGGCAAAGUCGAGCCCCAGGCGGUGCCGAUUACGAUUGGUAAAAACUGAAAUUUUCCCUUUACUCAUUUG